AUGAUUGGUCAUUCACCAAAAUCAUUUGUGAACAUACUGAUAUUGUUUUAGAAUUAUCUAUAAGUGAAAAUAAAAAAAUAUUAAUAUCGUGCGGAUGAGACAAAAAAAUAAUAAUAAUUAAUCUAUAUCCAAUGGCAAAUUAUAAAUAUGUCUGAAGAAUUAAGUAGAUGUAGGAGGUAUCAGAAUAAUAUUCAUUAAAAAUGGAUUGUUGUUUCUUAAAAAGUCAUCAACUCAUUUUCAUAUUUACAAAGCCACAAAAAUGGGCUUUAUGAGAAGCAUUAGGAAUUUUCAGCUUCAGGAGAAGACCAAGGUUUUGAUUUUAUUUCCAGCUUAUACAUUAAGCAGCUGAAUCCUUUGGUUCUAAAACGGGCUAUGUGUAAAUUUAAUUUAUCUUAACAAUUAAGUCUUAUUCAUUUAAUUUUGAAUAAGUUAAUAAAUUUGGAAACUUAAAGUCUCUAGAUAUCAUUAGAAUGUAAUUGA